GUUUAUACAGCAUCUUUUGCUUUUUUUGAAGCCCUCUGGGAGGGCGGCGUCAGCCAUGUCUUUGUCAAUUUGGGAUCAGACCACCCAUCCAUCCUGGAGGCGAUGGUAAAAGGCCAGAAAGAAAAGAAAGACGAAUUCCCUACGAUCAUUACCUGUCCCAAUGAGAUGGUGGCGCUCUCCAUGGCAGACGGCUAUGCCCGAUUGACUGGAAAGCCACAAGCAGUAAUCGUCCAUGUCGAUGUCGGCACACAGGGACUCGGAGCAGCAGUUCACAAUGCCUCAUGCGGACGCGCCCCGGUUCUGAUUUUUGCCGGUCUAUCGCCUUACACAAUCGAGGGUGAGAUGCGAGGUUCACGCACGGAGUAUAUCCACUGGAUUCAAGACGUGCCGGAUCAGAAGCAAAUCGUCUCCCAGUAUUGUCGGUACACGGGUGAGAUCAAGUCCGGCAAGAAUGUUAAGCAAAUUGUCAACCGCGCUUUGCAAUUCGCAACUAGUGACCCACAGGGGCCUGUGUACCUUGCUGGCGCACGAGAGGUCAUGGAGGAGGAUAUCGAGCCGUAUCACUUGAACCAGGCUGUCUGGGGUCCUGUGUUACCGGCUGCCCUGCCAACCUCCGGCGUUGAAUUAAUCGCAUCUGAGCUUGCCGCGGCAAAGAGCCCUCUUAUCAUUACUGGUUAUUCUGGGAGGAAAUCUGAAGCAGUGGCUGAGCUGGUCGCAUUGGCAGAUAGCUUCAAGGGGAUCCGUGUGCUAGACACUGGUGGUAGCGACAUGUGCUUCCCUGCUAAUCACCCCGGAUGGUUGGGAUUGAGAUAUCCAGGCCAUGACGCGGUGGGGGCAUCCGAUCUAAUCCUUGUGAUAGACUGUGAUGUCCCUUGGGUGCCUACUCAGUUCAAGCCAUCUGCGUCGGCCAAAAUCAUUCACAUUGAUGUCGACCCUUUGAAGCAGCAGAUUCCGGUUUUCUAUAUCAAUUCAAUGGCCACGUUCCGCGCCGACGCUUCCACGGCGCUCAAACAGAUCAACAAUUACGUUUCUUCUCAAGAGUCUCUGCGGCAAUUCAUUACCUCCGAGGAGAAUCUCACUAUGGGCCAACACCGAGACAAGGACGAAGCCUCUUUGAACAUUAACUAUCUCAUGGCGCAGGUCCGCCAGGGCGUUCCGGUUGAUACUAUUUGGGCAAUCGAGGCCGUGACCAUGAGCCACUUUGUUGCGGAUCAAGUCUCAGCUACCCAACCCAAGUCGUGGAUCAACUGUGGAGGUGGUGGUCUCGGCUGGUCUGGCGGUGGUGCACUUGGUAUCAAGCUUGCCAGUGACAUGCAGCAUGGAGGACGUGGGAAGGGCAAGUUUAUCUGCCAGGUGGUCGGCGAUGGAACAUUCCUCUUCUCGGUGCCGGGAUCUGUGUACUGGAUCGCCCGCCGCUAUGGAAUCCCUAUUUUGACAAUCGUGCUGAAUAACAAGGGUUGGAAUGCCCCCAGGCGUAGCAUGCUGCUCGUUCACCCCGAAGGAGACGGCUCUCGUGCUACAAACGAAGACCUUAACAUCUCCUUUGCGCCUACGCCAGAUUAUGCUGGUAUUGCCAAGGCCGCGGCAGGUGGGGAGUUAUGGGCUGGCCGUGCCUCGACUGUUGCUGAGCUCGCUCAGAAACUUCCAGAAGCUAUUCAAAGUGUUCUGGAUGGCAAGGCCGCAGUGCUGGAAGCCCAGCUUGACGGGACUACCGGCAAAUAUGUGGGGAGCUCGUGA